GUACUGUAGUACAAAGCAAAGCGAGUUGUGUCAAGAAUUACUGCGUUUUUUACGAAAAAUAAUCUCAAAAUAUAGUUGUAAAAUGUAGAAUUCAUUGUUCAUGUAAAGUAAACUGAUGAAUUAAAACAUUAGAUGUACAUAUUAAUUAGUUUGGUGUUGAUAAGCGAACAGUCUGCUUAGUGUUGUGAUGUGUGUAUCAAGUAAUUAUAAUUUAAUAUCAUAUUGUGAACCAAUUGAGUGAUAAACUAGUAAAAUGGCUAAGAAAUCGGAUAAUACCGGCGGAAAGUUGGUCACCGUUUCUGUCGUUGGACUUUCUGGUACCGAAAAGGAGAAAGGGCAGCUUGGCGUCGGCAAGUCCUGUUUAUGUAACAGAUUUGUACGCACGCACGCCGAUGACUAUAAUGUUGACCACAUCUGUGUACUGAGUCAGUCUGACUUCAGCGGGCGCGUGGUGAACAACGACCACUUCCUGUACUGGGGCAGCGUGCAGAAGGAGAAUGACGAACAGGAGUACAGGUUCGAGAUUGUCGAGCAGACGGAGUUCGUGGACGAUGCCUGCUUCCAGCCGUUUAAAGUGGGUAAAACCGAAGCUUACGUAAAAAGAUGCGUGGCCACGAAGCUCCAGUCGGCUGAGAAGUUGAUGUACGUGUGCAAGAAUCAGCUGGGCAUAGAGAAGGAGUACGAUCAGCGGCUGAUGCCGGAUGGCAAGUUGUCUGUGGACGGCUUCCUGUGUGUCUAUGAUGUCAGUCUCGUGCCGGGACGGACUUGGGAGAAGCAGAAUGAAGUAUUAGCAGCAAUCCUCCAGAACAUUCUAAAGCUAAAGAAACCAGUGGUCUUAGUGACUUCGAAAAACGACGAGGCUUGUGAGCAAGGAGUUCGUGAAGCCGAGAGACUGGUCCAACGCAAGGAGUUCAAAGGCAGCAUCCCUAUAGUGGAGACUUCCAGUCAUGAUAAUGUGAAUGUAGACCACGCCUUCUUCUUGUUGGCGCAGAUGGUCGACAAGUCUAAGGCUAGGAUUAAGGUGGCAAACUACGCAGAGGCGUUGCGAAUAAGACGAGAGACGCUGGACUUCGUGACUGAGGCCUUCACCCAGCUCAUCAGGAUGCAUGUGCAGGAUCACAAGGAAAUGUGGUCUGCAGCUAGCAAGAGAUUAUGUCAUUACCCGGAAUGGAUCAAGUUUGUGCAGCAGUUUGGAAACGACGGGACACAAGUGGUGUACCGUCGUCACAUCCGAAGACUGAAAGAAGAAAGGGCAGCUAAGAAACUUCGAAAGCAGCUGGCUAAGUUGCCCCAAGUACUGUCGAGAAUGCAGCUACCCACUGAAGACUUGCAAGAGAACGACUGGCCGAUGGUAGUCCGUCAGCUGCGGUCCCACCGUGACUUCUCAGUGUACUUCAGCGAGGGUCGGCACCAGGACUCGGGCUCCGAGUCAGGGUCGGAGCUGGACAGCCCCCUCGCUAUUGACACCACGUUGAGAGUCGGAGAGAGGGCUAGAUAUCAGACAUUGGGUCAAUCGCAGAAGAUACCGUACGAAAUACUGGAGUCUAACGAGGCAGCCGCCGUUUUCAAGACGUACUUACAUGAGGCUCAGGAGGAGCAUAGGAAUUACGAAUGGUGCCAACAAUUCAAGCGUCUCCUCGAGGAGACAGGGUACGUGACACCCGGCAAGCAGCUGUCGGAAGUGAGGGUGCUGCUGAUGGGGCGCGAGUGCUACGAGGCGCUGUCGGAGGAGCGGCAGCAGCGCGUCUACGACCAGCACCAGCGACAGAUACAGAGACGCGCUAAGGACAACUUCCAGGAGUUACUGUUGGAGCAUGCAGAUCUAUUCUACCACUUCAAAAGCAUAUCGCCAACCGGUACGAUCACGCAGGAGGACAUCAAAGAGAUCACUGACGUACUUCAAGAUGACUUUAGAUACAAGAUGCUGGAUCGCAUGGAGCAAGACCGAAAGCUGAUGCUGUUCCAACAUCUAGGCUUUGUGCACUGUCCGAUGCGCGAGCACUGUCCAGCCGGCGCCAACUGUUUAGACGCCACCCUGCCUGUUAUACUCAAUACUAGAGUUGGAUCUUUGACAUCGACUGGAGAGUCUCAGUGUCACGCGGGACCUCCGGCCGCGCCCUGGGCCCUCACUACGGACUCCAAUCAGAUCAACGUCAUUAUCUUAGGCGUGGAAGGCAUAGCGGGCGAGUUCGGCAAGCGGCUGCUAGCGGGCUGCGACUCGGAGCGUCGCGUCGGCGUGGCCGGGCACAGCUGGCGCGUCGAGCAGAGGCUGCGCACUGACGACUUCAGCGCUGAAACUACCUGCAUUGAUGAUUUUGCGCCUAAUGGAUAUUUCUGUGUCUACCAAGAUCAAGAAUCCUUCGAGUACAUCAGAGGCUGUGCUGAAAAGACACUGCUUUCGAGCUUAGAACAAGAAGAUAAACUGCCUUUCCAGGGCUUACCGCUAGUAGUGAUGUUUGUGCAGGAUGAGGGCAUGGACAAGAAGGAACUUACGCGAUUGCAGGAAGAGGGACAGAAUCUGGCUGACAACCUACACUGUUCGUACAUGGAGGCGACAGUGAACGAGCUGGGCACGGAGGGUCUGACGUCAGACGCGGUGCAGGAGCUGGUCAGGGCGAACAGGGAGAAGGCGAGCUACGCGCAUCUCUACAGAGACGUCAUCGUCUGCUUCGACUCCGAUAUCAGGAUAAUGGUGUGCAUGUUCUGCGACGACCCGUACUCCCCCGAGCGGGUGCUGAGCCCGCUGCUGCUGCACCGCGCCUGCUUCCUCACCGGCGACCGCUCCAUCGUCAUCGAGACCUUCCUCGGCGACUCCAAGCGGAAAGUCGAGGUAAUAAUCUCAAGCUUCCACGGCGCGAGUCAGUUCCGAGAGGAACUUAUCCACGGCUUCAUACUCAUAUACUCCGCUAAGAGGAAGGCUAGCUUGGCUACUUUGAACGCCUUCUCAAUGAACAUCCCGAACCUGCCAAUACAAAUGGUAGCAGUCACCGAUGGUGGAGGUUCUGCAGCCAGCACAUUCUUCGGCACAGAUCUGGGUCAUGCUCUCAUCACUGAGGGCAACGCGACGGCAGACCGCCUGUGUGCACACUUCACUACUUACACUUCUAGUGCUGAGAAUAAGUCUGCGUUCUACACGCCGUUCUUCAAGGAGGUGUGGGAGCGUAAGGGCGAGAUCGAGCGAGCCUUCCGCAUGGAGCAGCCGCACAACCUGCCCGACGUGGCCGCCGCCCGCCCCGCGCCGCCGCCCAGGAACCACUCCUACCAUCUCAACCAUAUGAGAGAACAUAAGCUGACGAAUUCACUGGACCUACUGAUCGGUCCCGACUCACGCGCAGACAUCGAUUCUGAAUACAGCGAUACGCUCAACAAUUCUAAGAAUAGAGGAUUUCUUAAAGGUUUCAGCGUAUAUCCCCCGCCUAGUACGCCACCGGAGCCCGCUCCCCCAGACCACAGGAUGCAUGCAGAUCUAUCACAUGGCGGCGGUUUGUGGCAGCCGGCCAGCUACGGGCACCGCGCGUUCACCACGGGCCGGACGCGGCCGCACCAGCCGCCGCCGCGCGUCAGGCACUCGCAGACUUUGAAGCAACCGGGCAAGCUGGACAUGAAUAACUACACAAUGGUUAGCGACGCGCUACAGCACAUCACUAUUGGACCUCCCGCCCAUUCCAGAUCUGAUAGAAAGACCCAGCGUACGGGUUGGACGCACUCGAGCGGGCAGCAAGGCGGACAUCAUCAUCAUCCUUCGGGAGUCAGCUCUGAAACUGAACUAGACGCGCAGUAUGCACAGAUCAAAGAGACUAACGAAUAUAUGGAGGCUCCAUCUAUGAUGAGAUUAAGAAGACAUCGACGGCACGAAAAGGCGCCGCUACAUCAGCCAUCGUUCUCGGAGACGGACAGCUCGGGCUCGAGCUCGGGCUCGGGCGGCGGCAGCGCGGGCGCCGCGCGGCCGCACGCGCGCCGCCGCCACGCCGCGCACCACGCGCCCCGCCACUACAAGAAACGAUCGCUAGGCAACCUUGUAGCCGUCCAAAGCCCGCGCGUACCUAAGCUAGGCAUGUUCGUGGGACCGCCUGAGUUACCCACCGGCUACAGAGCGAGGACGCAAGAAGAUAAAGCUGCAAGUGAAUCAAGCGAAGGCAGUUCGGACGGCGAGACCCGGAGGCCCAGGCCUCUGCCACCGCCGCCACACCACGAACCUACACACAAGAUGCUAUCAGGCGAGUAUCCAUCGUCAGCGCAAGACAACUCAUCGUCGAGCACGGCGGACACGCGGCGCCGUCAUCAUCCCUUCAGCAAGCACGACCGCAGGCAUAAGGAGUUCUCAAAGAGCAAAGAUUCAAAGAAGAAUGCAGCACAAAUCAACAACACGCAGUCAGUACAAAACUGGGGUCCACAGGGCGGUCACGGCAUCCCUCUAUUCGUGGAGAAGUGCGUGGAGUUCAUCGAGCGCGAGGGGCUGGCGUCCGAGGGGCUGUACCGCGUGCCCGGCAACCGAGCCCACGUCGACAUGCUCUUCAACAAGUUCUAUGAAGAUCCAAAGGUAGACCUGGACUCGCUAGACAUCCCGGUGAACGCGGUGGCGACUGCACUGAAGGACUUCUUCUCGAAGCGUCUGCCGCCGCUACUCGAUGAGGCUAGCAUGGCACAGCUUGAAGAUAUUGCCACGAUGCGAGGCUGCAUCGCAGGCGGCGUGGAGCUGAAGGACCGCAGCUGGCGGCUGCUGGCGCUGCGCUCGCUGCUGCACUCGGCGCUGACGCCUCUAGCGCGGGCCACGCUCGACUACCUGCUGCAUCACUUCGCCAGGGUGGCGGACAACUCAAAACUGAACUCGAUGGACAGCAAGAACCUCGCGAUCUGCUGGUGGCCGACCCUGCUGCCGGUGCAGUUCUCGGAUAUGGGCCGCUUCGAGAUGACGCGGCCCUACCUCGAGGACAUCGUGCAGACCAUGAUCGACCAGCACCCCUUCCUGUUCCGAGGGCAGGAGGCCUUCGUCAUGGUGUGAGGACAGUGUGAACCCACAAUGCAGGUUGCAUUCGUGAUGGACGACGUGUAACGGGCAGCGGCAUUUGUGCGGCUCGCUUACCAUACGAUACUUAGCGCGUAAGUUCGCCUACACCCGCGCGUGACGUCACCCGCCCCGACGGCGACGGUGACGUCACGACGGACACAGACCCUACUGCGAGGUAUUAGAAACUCUAUUACACUCGCAGUAAAGUCUCACAUUUAUUGGCAAGCUAUUGUUGUUCUAAAGUAGGUUUUUACUAUAUAAAAAUGUCUGUUGAUCGGUAUUCCACGUUAGAACAAUAACCUUAUUUUUCCAUGCGGUUUUUCAUAUCAAUAAAGCUUAGAGAUUGCGUAAUCGUCAUUGCUUGCAUUUUGUGGACAUUUGAUUUUUAUCGAUAUUAAUUUUUAAUACGAUGGACUAGUGAAUCAGUAUUUUAAAUAGAUGUUUAUCAAAAUUGUACCGCAUUUGUAAUAGUUUUAAGUGGAAAUGCACAAAAGUAUUUAAACAAAGUGUUUUCUAAACUUAAGUAACUGGUAUGAUAUUUAAACGUUUAUAUUUGUAAUCAAUUAAUGGCAACACCAUGUAAUGAGCACAUUCCGUUCAGAAAUAUUAAGUGUUAAAUAAUUAAUGGAUAAUAUGAUUAAUGAUAGUGAUUACAUAACCAUGGGUUAAUCGGUCGACACUAAGGAUUGGUAUAGAGAAAUGCUUAACGGCGCUUGUUUUUUAAAUAUUUUUUUAUAUGGCAACUGAUUGUGGCGUCAUGUGUCUCUUGGUCCAUUAGCUAUCGAGCCAAGUUUUUACAUUUAUUUUUUUUAAGAUAAACCAAAAUCCCAGUGUUAGCAUAUUUUAAUGAAAUUAAAAUUUUAUUUUAGAACUUGGAUCUACUUAUGAAAUGUAGAGGACACAUUUAAUUUUAAAUAACUCUAACCAAAAUUAUUUUUUUAAUAUUUGAAAUUAAAUAACGCUUACUGAUUUAAUUUUUACUAAGGCCGUUUACAAAAUCUUGCCAUUAUUAUAAAAAAAUAAUAAUCAAUUUUAAAAUUAAUAAGCAUCCAUUCAUUGGGAAGUAGUAAUCACAAGAAUAAAUAUUAUAGUUGGUGUAUUUUAUGUGGAUAUUCAAAAUAACUAUCAUCACAAUGGAAUAAGGUCUACAUUACAAUGAAUAUUUAGAAAAAAAAUAAUUCAGGUCCGAUCGUUAACCAAUGAAAUUCACACGAGGGAGAAGACAAGUUGUAUAUAUUUAAUUCGUAAUGGAAUUAUUACUUGUUUUGUCAAAAAUUCAGAAAUAUGUACCAUAAAAUUCAUCAACUAUAAAAAAUAGUUUCAAUACAAAAGGCAGCUUCUUUUUUCUUAAUUUUAGAGACUGAAUACCAGCUAGUUCCUUUGACACUGAAUCCAAAUUGAGCACUUAAUUUUAAAAGAAUAUUACUUAAAAUUAACUUUGAUUAGCGGGUUUUAAGUUGUUUAUUUUAAACACCAAUAUUUUAAAAUACUUAUGAAGUCUGGACUGGAAAUAGGUAUGGUAAAGAUUAAUUAACUGCGUUUUUUGGGGUGUAUUGAAACCACUGUUUGGUUCUAAUUUCACUUAUCACUGGCAUAAAUUGUUUAACAUCGACAUCUUUUGCCAUACAUACAAAUCGAAUGUAAUACUGCACCCUGAGUUAUAUUUUAUCUAUUGUAUACUUUUUGUGUCGAUGAAGUGGACCGAAAUUCAUAUUAUUCAUGUCUAUAAAUGAAACUGGUCCUUUUAUUAAACAAUUGCCUAUACAUACCACCUGUGACGAAUAUACACAGUCAGUUGAUUGUUUUACAUGUAUGAAUUUUAUCUAAAAAUUGGUGUUUAAAAUGAAAUCAACAAACCAAUGUAUAGCGGAUGGCCUAUUUUGUAUAUUAAGUGUUAGAUAGACUGACGUAGUAUAUGUGUAUCUCACUAUUAUUUAACACCUAUGUAUGUACACUUUAUUUAUAUCUUCCAUAUUUCCAUACUAAUCUUAUGAAGUAAAUAACCGUUCGUUUGUAAGUGAUGCGUGGGGACGGAUGAAUUUGUAGUCGAUAAAUUGACAUGUUUCCAGGUUCCGUAUCGAUAAAACGAGUUUGAAAAACAUGGACCCGAUGUCCGCUAAUAAUGAUCACUGCAUACAAAAUGAAUUACUCAGAAUAACUGUACUUUUUCUGCUAAUAAAACUUGAUGUAUUUAUUAGUAAAAAGUCUGCAAUAUUAUUUCUUACCAACGAACAUAAUGUAUGAUACGGAACCCCACGAGUAUAACUCGUCCAUUUGUAAUGUAAAAACAUAUUUUUUUCAUAACUUUAAAUAUGAGUAUUACUUGUUGCAGUUCUUAUGCCAUUAGACAUUAAGAAUGUACGUGCACCUUUGUUUAAUUGUACUUUAUUCAUUUCCAAAACUAUAUUUCUAAAAAUAUUCUUCUUAAAAAAACUUAAUUUAAAAAAUUGUAUUUCAUGAUAUUAGAUAUUGUAACGUGGAUUGCUUGGAUAUUUUUUCAGUGUUUAAAAGUACUUUGUUGUAUUGUCAAUGUAUUUUUUUAAAUAAAUAGGGUGAAUGUUAUAUUUUGUGUCUAUAUCCAUUUUGUUGGCAUUUAAAUGCGUCCAGAAAUAUACAAAGUUACUUGUAACUUUUCAAUAUUUAUUUUAGAGAUACAUACAUCACAGUUUGAUAUUAAAUGAUUGUAAAAGUUCUGAAAUAUUUAAAUGCCAAUGAAAUGUGAAGUAUUCUACCUUGAUUUACGUCUUAAAAUGUUUGGUAUUACAAUGUCUUCGACUAUAACGAACUCUUAUCGUAGAUUUUACUCAAUUCCAUUACGUUGAUUUGCAAAAGCAAUUUCGGAUUUGUACUAAGCAUCGCGAGUAAAGUAUAUGUAACUAUUUAAUAAGUAUAUUUAAUAUAUUAGGUGUCUUCAAUAAGCAUAGUUAAGAAUGUACGUAAGUUUUUAACGAUAUAAUGUCAUUAUAUGAUUGUCUCGCUCGCACUCGCGCGAGUUCCGUAAGCCCGAGCGCGUGCGAGCGAGACAACAGUCAUGUCCAUUAGGGGAAUGAUGUGAGGGAAUUUUUUAUAUUUUACUAUGAAUCGAAAAAGACAUAGAGCCUACCUGUGUUUGAAUAUUAUUUUUCUAGAAUUUUUCACCUUUCUUAUAGAUCUCACUUGCGGUGAUACACCCUUUAAUUUUAAAUUAUUAUUUUUUUAUCGUGAUAUUUCCCCUAAUGUUUUUUUGAAAAUGCAAUUUCUAUAUAAAUAUUCGAUGUAAAUAUUGUACAUUCAUUCAUUUUUAUUAUUUUUCUUAAUUUAUUUAUUGAGAUAUUGUUUUAUCAAAGAGUUUUAAAGCCAUAUAUUUGUUACUCCAUGCAAUAUUAUGAGUGUUUUUUUUUUAAGUUGUAACAUUGAAUUUGUUUAAUUUUAUUUUUGAGCACAUGUUUUUCUAAUGGAUUUCGUGAACGUGCCAUUUUAUUUUAAACGUGCGGUGAUUUCGGAGAUUCCUAAAACUUUUUGUAAUUGUCAUUUUUGGUAGUAAACGCUUUUACGUUCGAAAUUCUUUCCUGUAGGUUUCUCGAAUGUUCUACAGUAGAAAUCAAUGUACGCUUAGCUCUGUGGCCUGGCGCCGCCCGUGUGCUCGUUGUGGCUAGGUAUUGAAGUAGUGGGGGUGCUUGUGUAAGUUAUCAUCUAAGGAGUGAGAUAAUCGAGAUUGUGACGAGCGAGGUAGCUCUCGCAAGUGUAAGAUUAGAGUGGGGAUUCUAAUUAAACGUGAAUCGCUCUCGGAAGCGGGGUUUUUAUACAGUAUUAUUAAGCAUUUAAUCGGCUGACUGAAAUCGUAUAACAGUAUUCCACCUAGUAUUGAUAGAAUGGAGGUGUGUUUAUCAUAUAUUCAUUAAAUGUUGCUUAAGAUUAAAAUUUUACAUCCGGCCUCUACCAAAGCGGAGACAAGUAGAGGGAGCGGAGCAGUGUUUUAAUGAACUAAUAGAAUCUAUCUGCUCAGUGAAAUGUGAUAAAUGAAAUUCUAUUGAUUGUUUAAAAACUCUGCUCUGCUCUUCUCGUCUCCGCUUAGGGUGGAGUCUGGUCCUUCUAAGUAAUUUACUGUCGCUACAAUAAAUGACGGUAAUAGUUAGGUAUUUAAAUACUAUCUAAAGUUAUUUUUCAUUCGAAAUAUUCUGAUUAUUCAGGACUGUUCUAUCAAAAAAUCGUCUGCAUUUAAUUUGUAGUGGUUUUACAACAUAGCAGCAUUUAUCCCCGCUUGCCAGAGGCAGUCACGGAAUAUUAUUAUAAAAGUAGUGUGAUCAAUGUUGUGAUAUUAUGGGUGAAGUGAAGGGGGCGCCGGGCCACGCAGCGUGUCAUAUGCUAUGCGUCUCAAUUACUGAGAAACACGACUCAAAAGGAAUGUGUCAUAUUUUAUAAUAAAUAAUCAUCUAUGUAAUGAA